CGCUUAAGAUGACCUAUUUGUCUGUGUUGAGUUCAUAACUAGUCUUCUCAAUUGUUGCCGGCGUAUCAUCCACUAGGUGGCGGCGUACUACUUCGACGGCCCCUUUCGACCGAUUGCCAUGCCAUCACCCACCCAUCACUAUCACACACAGCCAGAGAAAGAGUGAGAGUGUGCGUGCGUGCGUGCGUGCGUGCAUGUGUGUCUAUGUCAUAAGUUGAGGACAGUGGUCUUUUGCUGACUGACGGGCGUGUCUUUAGUGACACUGGGAGAGGGGCGUUACUGUGGCCCCUGAGUUCAGUUUAAAACAUGCGGGCUGGCUGGGUCUGCACCAUCGCUUUCAUCGUGCUCAAGAGUGUCACCUUCCACCCGUCAGCAGCCCUGUGCAGCGGCAGCAAGCAUGUCAAACUCGGACAGGGUUGUGUUAGUUUUAGGAGGAGCGGGGACAGUGGGCUCCGGCGUAGUUAAAGCACUGCUGGACAAAGGUUUCAGAGUCGCAGUCAUCUCCAGGGAUAGCAGUCGGCUGGACAGACUCCGAUCAUUCGUGUCUGCCUCCACAAAGGAUAACCUCACCACCGUAGAGGGGAAUGUGGGCUCAGAAGAGGGAGCAGAGCAGGCAAAGCAGGCUCUGCUGAAGGUGGUGGGGAAGGUGACAGACAUCGUCUCAUCCCUGGGCUUCAGCUGGUGGCAGGGCGGACCCCCACACACUCAGACUCUCAAAGACCUACACUGGGUAAUCGAGACAUUACUAUUCAGCACAUUUGUGUCAUGGAAGACCUUCUUCCCCCUCGUGAGGGACGACUCCAGCUGUACCUACACCUUCAUAACAGGAGGAGCAGGUGAGAAGUUGCUGAUGCCUGGUACAGGCUUCCUGACAGUUGGAGCUGCCAGCACCCUGGCCUUCUGCCAGGUGCUACGAGAGGAGUACCCUGAAGUGCCCUGUAAACUCAACCAGUUGAAGAUCAACACAGGUGUGGCUGCUCCAGAGCGCAUGGCACCGGGUUACCUGAACCACUUGGACCUAGGAGAGGCUGUUGCCACCCUUGUGGAAAGACCAAACACCUCCCACACCGUCUUUACUGUCAACUGCCCUGCAGACUUAAAAACUGUCCUUCUGGAGAGGAACCUUUAGACUUGGAGACCCUUCCUCCAGCCCUGCUUUGUUGUGACAGGGAUACAUCUAUACUUCUGCCCCUGCUCUUGCUGAACACUCCAGAAACACAUUAACAGUGUCUUUGGUUCAUUUGUAUUCUCCUCCCACAACCCCAGUCAUGCACAGCUUUACAUGAAUUGGUUGUUUCAUAUAAUAUUGUAUAUUUUGCUGUCUGUUCUCAGAUUGUUAGCAAGUGUUUCCUCUGCAUGUGUUGUUGUAUGAUGCGUAUAAAACAGAUUUGUAAUUCAGGCCUUUUCAUAGUGGCCUGCUUCAGUACAAAAAUAUUAUCAUUAUCACUAUCAUUACUGCUUUCUUCAUCAUCAGAAGACAUGAUAUCCAUUAUAACAUAGCGAGGUUAGCCAAGUUCCCUUAACGCCAUCUGGGAGGCAUUGCUAGAAAGGACAGGCUCUUUCAAAAACUACCUGGCACCUUUUGUUGUUACCAUCUCUCAACAACUAACUACAAACAGUAAGAUCAGAUCAAGAGAAGGAGAGCGCUACCAUCAGUGGAGCCAUUUUGUAAAUCAAACUCUUACUGGAGUCAGUAGUUUUCCAUCGAUAAAAGCCUUCGGUGAUGUUCUUUGCUUUUUCAAUAAAAUAUUCUCUAGUUCUGAUAUACCUGAUGCAAUAGCCUGUGGCCAGUCUCUGCACAUAGUGGGUGUGAUAUCAAGAUUGUCAUUUUAAGAAAAAUUAUCAAAAUUGUUGAAGACGGCACCCCAACUUCCCCGGUCGUGUGGAUGGAUCCAGUGAGCACUUCGUUUAAAGCACACUGACCCUUAAAGAUAGAAACCAUGGCUUAAAAUUGGCAUGGCACAGUUACGAAAACUUCAGGACCUGAAUGUGGCUGAACACCAUAGCAUGGCCCAUUUUUGUAGAGCUUUGAUUCGAUCAAAAUGAGUAAAGCUUAAAUAUGCAUUGUUUUGCUUUCAAAUUCCAAUAAAUAAUAUAUGUUCUACAUUUUGGAUCCUGUGUGUUGAUCGAAAUACUUAAAUAACAAAAUACUGCAGUGUAAUUGUCUCUAUGGGACUAUUGUGGCACACAAUGAAAACAAUGUCAUAAUAAUACUAAUAAUAAGUAGGUUGAUAUUUGGGUCGGGGUGGAUUUGACACAUUUACAAGCCUCUUAGUGUGACUCUCCAUCCCGUCCACAACCACAGACCCCCUAUAGACCCCUUUAUGUGUGUUCCAUUAUUUGGGGCAGCGCAUCCCUUAGAUAAACAGCAUAGGAGGUAGGGGGGCCCAGUAAACUGCAUUAUCAGAGAAAGCAUUGUUGUCUUGUAUUCUGUCCUGUAAUCUGCAUGUUAAUGAAUCUACAACAUGUGUUAAUCAUGCCAGUAAAGAUGCUUGUUGUAAGGA